AUGGCAGAUACGAGUGCGACCGAUUCGGUUAUCACGACUAUUAUCGGCACAACCUCGACCAGCUUUACGACCUCCUUCUCUACCACUGUCACGGUGACGGGGUCAUCUACUGAUACAUCUAUAUCCUCCGACACGUCCUCCGAACCACCGAGUACCAUUACCUCCUCUAUCUCAAUCCCCCCUUCGACCACAGUGGUACCUGCCUCAACCACCCCCGUUGAUACAAGUCCCAGUGUCAUUAUCGCCACAGAAACUGUCACUCAAACUCCGGCAUCAUCGCCAGGGGUUACCCAGAGUCCUUCGCUUGUUGUCGUCACUUCCACAUUCUCUCCGGACACUCCGACCUCUAACACUGCGACCACCUCGUUUACGGUCACUCCUCCUUCCGGCUCAUCCCCUACCCCAUCAGCAUUAAGUGCCUCAAGCUCCGGGUCUGGGUCCUCAAGCGGGCUCAGUUCUGGUGCAAAGAUCGCAAUAGCAGUCAUCAUUCCAAUUGUGGUUAUCGCAGCAUUGUUUUUGAUUGGGUUCUUUUGCUGGAGGAAGCGGAAGGCCAGGAAAAAUGCAGAGGAACUCCGCAAGAGCGAGAUGGCUGAAUACGGUUUCAAUCCCAACAGCGAUCCAACGCUUGGGGUCGCCGCAGCCGCAUACACCGACAAUCAAUCCGAAGGACAAGAGGACGGCAGUGGAUAUCGCGGAUGGGGAGCAACAUCCUCGAACAGGCAACCUUCGACGACGCUAGGGUCCAACGGACGAGCUGCUGGCGGUCUUGCCUUGUCGGAAAGCAGCAGCCAACCCGGAGGUUAUGCCACACAGGCCUCGCCCAACGCGACUUCGGACCAUUACUCGGCGGAUCCCUUGAUGAACGGCCAUCCAGAGAGCGGAGAUGGCGUCGCAGCUCUGGGGACUGCCGGGGGACUUAACAGGCACCGCAGUGGGACAGGAGACAUUCGCCGUGGACCGUCUAACGCUUCGUCCGCGUAUUCUUCGGGCCACCACUCCGAGGCUUCUUCAGAGGCGCCACAGAUGCCUGGCCCAUACUAUCAGGAAGAAGUCCCCUAUAAUAUAUAUAACGAUGCAAACCCCAGCCAUGGGCCCUACGGUGACGGUUCGUAUGGGGGCGCCGGAACACAACCCGUCAUACGUGACAAUCAAGCACGAAGGAACACCCGUAUCGAGCGAGCACCAACAUUCCCACAAGGCCAAGGCGGGAUUUCACAGAACUUUUAA